UCGCGAAAAUCACAAAGUAAAUUUGUAAUAUUUGUGCAGAUAAUUAAUUUGAAAUAGUUUUUUUAAUAUUAUAUUGUUUAAAAAGCAAAUAAAGGAAAAAAUUCAAUGCAUUUUGUUGAAGACUAUCUUGUUUGAGGAUCUCCAUAGACUAGUUUCCAGUCUCUCCAGUGUCCUUGUCACGUUAAGACUGACGAUUUUUGGCCCUGGUCGAUUGAUGGCGCCUGUAGUAAAUUAUGGUUCUCUCCAAAUCAUUGGUUCUCUCGUCUCUCUUUGCCAACUCACCAACCGCCGAUCACCAGGCUAAAAGUAAAUUGGCGCGAAAUUCCUCCGAGAUAUAUAAGCAGACGGACGUAUGAAGCCCAACCACCGACGCAACCAUACACACGACACGGUAUCCGUUACUGGUUCCCUGUAUACUGCUCGAUUUCUCUACGAGUGUAUGUUCUGCAACCGGGGAAUUAGCUUAGUCUCCUAUUCGUGCCGUCAAAUCCCAAUAACAAGCUGACCAAUCACUAAUUAGGGCUGUCGCUCCAUGAUGUAGGCGGUGCCAUUCCAGGAGGAGGCGGUGCUUCGGCCAAUGGUGUGCGUGCCACAAUGCCGCGUCUACUUAGGCGCUGUGCAUAGCAGUUCUGCAGGAUGGAUGGAGAUAAUGAUGACCGGAGAGCACAAAUCAAUGCCUCAAACCGCAAAAAAUAUCAUGAAAAGUGGUACGAAUACAAUCUACGUUCACGUUAUUUUGACGAAUGUUCCACACCUGGUGACAUUAGCAAAUUACCUAGACUGAAGAGGCCGCGGAGGUACAUUCACACUGCAAGCAAAGGUGACGGUGAAAGUUCAUGUAGCAGUGCAAGGGGAACACCUCACAAAGAGACCGUCCCUGGUAGGCCGGCGCGACAAUUGCGAACGACAACCCAACCAGCCUCAAAUGAUAAGGAUGACGGCUCCGAAGAACAAUACAUGUAUCCAGAGAAAAGAGUUGAGAAGAAUGAAGGAGUUGUUCGUCCAUCAUCAUCAACCUUACGAGACUUUAAUGUUGACUCAAAAACACCUGACCAAUCCAAGAGAAUGGAUUUCCGCAAGACCAGCCAGUCGUCAGGCACAGUUGACCCUCAGCCCAAUCCCAGCCCGGCCCCUCAUGCUGACACCCAGCCGCCGCCCGUCAGCCUUCCCCCAGGGGUGGAUGACCUCCCCAGCCCGGGACUAGAGACCAACGGUACCCAAGGCAAGGAGGAGGUGCCCUCGCCUGGCAGUGGGUCCCUGUUGGGUGACCUACCUUCGCUGGGUGGGCCCGGGGUGAGAGGGACAUCAUUAUCCCCAUUGGGGGGACUUGGUGUGGAGCCUCCGUCCGCCUUACCCCAGCUCAAGCCAAUCAAGAAGAAGAAAAAGAAGAAAACCAAGAGCCCCCGCAGUGCCGAACCAGAACUGGAACAGGAUGACAACUUCUUUGGAGGCAGUGGUUCCCCGGAGCCCCUCUCUGUGAUGUAAGAAGGGUCUGAGGCUCAACUGCUUGUCCAUGUACUUUUACCAGUUUGGUUGGAACUGAAGACCUGGCAGAAUGCUGUUUUUAAUAUCGAUCUCUACUUAGCACUUUUGACGAUUAAGACACAUCUUUGAUGUUACAUUUUUUGAAAGUAUAAUCAUAAUUUCAAGCUGCAAAGUUCAAGAUCUUUUCUGAGAGUGUUGUGAUAGAAAAAGGUGAUAUGCAAACAUCUAUGGGUCUUCAUUAUUUGAGCAACAGCACAUUUGUUGCACAUGUGGUAGAUUUUCAUGUGCUGAAGUUUUUUUCCUCGAGAAUGGUAUUAUUCAGAGGUAACUGUAUUCAAUCCGUUUAUUUUUGACAUUUUGCCAUAGUGUGUUGAUGUCUUUUUCAGUCAUUUGAUAUCGGCAUUACCAGAACUAUUUGAUCAUUUUAUUUCAGGUUUUUUUUCUUGACUUUUUAAAAGUGUUGUCAUUGGUUCUUGCUACAUUCUAGGCACCUAUCACUUUAUCCUCGAAGUAUCAGCAAAUGCCUCUCUCCAGUAGUCGGACUUUAUUGCAUGGCUUAAAUCUAUCUUGGGCAAUUUUUUUUAGGAACCAUUGUCAAGAUGUUGAACUUGUGUGCAGGACCAAGUAUUUUGAGAGUAAACAAUACUUUGAAAAUAAAUACCAUACAUGAGAUGCAAAUGUGCAUUUAUGGCAAGUUUCCUUUUUUACAGGUGUUAAGAAAAUAUUGUGUACCAUAUAAUUUAUAUUCAGUUUCCCAUGCAAAUUUGUACCUGCCCAACCUGCCACUGCUUAUCAAAUUAGUUACUAUGUUGCUUCUCUCAAGGUUACACAGAAAUUGAAGGCAAGUUAGGGUAAUGUCGCAGUAGAUUCAUUCCCUAGGGAUAAAGCAGUUUGCGGUGGGACUAUUACAUGGUUUCUUUUCUUACCAUGUCUCAUGGUUUGUAACAAAUCGAUGGUUUGAGCAAGAGAUGACUCAUAAUUUAUUUGCUGCACUUGACAGCACUAAAUUGGGCACUUCAAUUUAAAAAUCAGACAAAACAUGACAAACUAAACUUUGUAACACUAUUUUAAUAAGCUCAUUCAUCAUCCUGUCAAAGAGGCUCCACUUCCAAUCUACAAAUUGCAUCCGUAAAACUGCCAAGACGAAUUCUUAACACAUGCUCACAAGAGAUUUACU